UCCAAAGCAGGAUUUAACCGGACGUCUUUGCGUCUUCUACCAGCUCCCUAUCGUCGUACAAGCGGCGGUAAGAAGCCGGUGAGAAAAACUUUCUCCCGUCCUGCGCGUUUCUGCAGCCCUGUUCGAGGCCGAGGCAUCUCCAAGGUAGUGAUGGCUCUCCACAGGACCCGUUCACUGCUUCUGCUCUUGCUGCUGACCCUGCUGGGGCUGGGGCUGGUGCAGCCCUCCUAUGGCCAGGAUCGCAUGUAUCAACGAUUCCUACGGCAGCAUGUGGACCCUGAGGGGACAGGUGGCAAUGACACGUACUGCAACUUGAUGAUGCAAAGACGGAAGAUGACCACACAUCAGUGCAAGCGUUUCAACACCUUCGUCCAUGAAGACAUCUGGAGCAUUCGUAGUAUCUGCAGCACCACCAAUAUCCAGUGCAAGAAUGGCAAGAUGAACUGCCAUGAGGGUGUCGUGAAGGUCACAGACUGCAGGGAGACAGGAAGCUCCAGUGCCCCCAACUGCAGAUAUCGGGCGUCAGCGAGCACUAGGCAUGUGGUCAUUGCCUGUGAGGGUGACCCACAGUUGCCUGUGCACUUUGACAGAUAGACACCAGCCUGCGGGAGUUAUGGCCCGGCGGUUGGCCUCUAACUUACUCCUCGAAUAGCAGUGAGUAAUGCAUUUGAGCUGCCCCAGGCUCUGUCUUCUCUGCUUCUCCUUCUCUCUUUAUAACCCAUUCUGUUAAGUACAUUGUAUCAAAGAGAAAUGGAGACACAAACUUAUAAUGAGUCUGGGCCUUUCUGUAGCAAACUUCUUGGCUUUCUUUUAUAAUACCGGUCAGUUUAGCUCUCUCAGAUCCUGUCCUCUGGAAUUUAGUCAUUAUAUGGAUUUAUAUAGCAUUUCAAGCAUUUCAAAGUGUUUUCAUCUAAAUCACCCAUUUCCAUAGUACAGCACUUGUGGAAUGCCGCUGUUGUUGUAUGUAGGAGCCCAAAGCUCAUGGAUUUGCUGAAGACCGCGACAUUAGUGGAAAAGCUGAGACAAAAAUCCAGUUGACCUGGCUCCUAAUCCAGGCCUUUUCCCACUUCAUCACAAGGAGCGUUUUGAAAGUAACUGCUUUUGGUUAUUGCCAAAAUCAGUCAGCUGUUGGGAGAAGCAUGAGAAAUUUGGAAAUGCAUGCUGACAAAAUGACAGCUCUAUCUGGACAACCUGGCUCCCUUGUUGCUCUGGGGUCUAACAGGUCCAAGCAAUGAUACAAGAGAUUUUCUUUCUGUCUUCCCAGACUUUUGAAUCACACUAGUAAGUCAGAAUAUUAAAAAUGUUCUAGAUCAUUUAAGACUCAGUCACUCUUCCUGACGGAAACUUCUUCCAUGUUUUCCUUCUAAUAAAGGACUUAAACUGCAGGUAUCUGA